AAGAAGUUGGUGAAGACAAUGGGUCCAGCUAUGCUGUAAUCUUCAGUUAUAGAGAGGGGAGAAGAGAAAGGAUCCCAUUUGCCCUCACGUUUGAUGCUUCUGCUGUUGGAGUGGUUGCUGUAGUUCUUCAGCUCUUACUGUUGUCCGUUAUUUCCAUUUGCAGACAUAAAGACAAGCUUUCUAUUUUGUGCCAAAUUCAUCCGACUAAAGCUUGAGCAACUCGAUCUGAGUCUCUUGAGAUUCUCUUCUCCCCGUUUCUGGUUCUGGUUUCGGCCAGCAAUUUCAUGAACUAAUUUAUAGAUGAAGUUGUUAUUCUGAGAUGGAGGCCUCUCAGACAUCUUCGAAUGGGGAAAGAGGUGUUCGAAUUCAAGCUCCAUUGGUGGAGUCUGUGUCAUGCUACUGCAGAGUAGAUGCAGGCCUAAAAACAGUUGCUGGGGCAAGGAAAUUUGUCCCAGGAUCAAAACUUUGUAUACAACCUGAUAUCAACCCUCGUGCACACAAGAGCAAAAAUUCCCGCAGGGAGAGGACCAGGAUUCAACCCCCACUUAUACCUGGCCUUCCUGAUGAUCUUGCUAUUGCUUGCCUUAUCCGGGUUCCACGGUUUGAGCAUAGAAAGCUGCGUCUAGUCUGCAAGAGAUGGUAUCGGCUCCUUUCUGGUAACUUCUUUUACUCACUCAGGAAGAAUCUAGGAAUGGCAGAGGAAUGGGUCUAUGUCAUAAAAAGAGACCGUGAUGGAAGGAUCUCAUGGCAUGCUUUUGACCCUAUCUAUCAACUCUGGCAGCCUCUUCCUCCUGUUCCUGUUGAGUAUUCAGCAGCACUUGGGUUCGGUUGUGCUGUUCUAAGUGGUUGCCAUCUAUAUCUAUUUGGAGGCAAAGAUCCACUCAGGGGUUCCAUGAGACGGGUCAUCUUCUAUAGUGCCAGGACAAAUAAAUGGCAUCGUGCACCAGAUAUGUUGCGGAAGCGCCAUUUCUUUGGUUCGUGUGUCAUUAAUAACUGUCUCUAUGUGGCUGGUGGAGAGUGUGAAGGGAUCCAAAGAACUCUCAGGUCAGCUGAGGUUUAUGAUCCCAACAAGAACAGGUGGAGUUUUAUUGCAGACAUGAGCACAGCCAUGGUGCCCUUCAUUGGAGUUGUUUACAAUGGGAAGUGGUUUCUGAAGGGGCUUGGGUCCCAUCGUCAGGUGAUGAGUGAGGUGUACAUCCCUGAAAAUAACAGCUGGGCCCCAGUUCAUGAUGGGAUGGUUUCAGGAUGGCGCAACCCCAGUAUCUCUUUGAAUGGGAAGCUUUAUGCCUUGGAUUGCAGAGAUGGUUGCAAACUGAGAGUCUAUGAUGAAGCCUCAGAUUCAUGGAACAAAUUUAUGGAUAGUAAGCUCCACCUGGGAAGCUCACGUGCCCUGGAAGCUGCUGCAAUUGUUCCUCUCAAUGGGAAGCUUUGCAUUAUCCGCAACAAUAUGAGCAUCAGUCUGGUUAAUGUUUCUAGCCCUGAUAAAAGUGUGGAGACCAACCCUCAACUUUGGGAAACUAUUGGAUCAAAAGGUCCCCUUAGGACCCUAGUCACAAACAUAUUGUCCAGUAUUGCAGGUAGAGGUGGUUUAAAGAGUCACAUUGUGCACUGUCAGGUGCUCCAGGCAUAACUGCAGGAGGUUUCUGAUGAUUCUGAACUUGUCUCUGCCCAACUCAAAAGAUUCUCUGGAGCUUGUCUACAGAACAAUUUGUCAUGAUGAGUUUCUUACAUGCAAUCAGUAUGUUCACUGGUUACUGUAGGUCCCAGUCUCAAUGGAGCAGCAUGCUCCCUCAAUUGUUCGAAUGCCUGUCUGCAGUUUCAGUCAACAGUCAUCUCGAAGGUUGUCUAUGAAAAACGAUGUUGAGAAUUUACCUCAUGUUAGUUGUGGGCUUUAUGUGCAAGUCUGGAAGGGAAAUGGAAAUGUUUAAAGGAAGCUUCAUCUCAAUACUCCCAUGCCUGUGCUCUAAACUGGGAUUUUGAGAUAGUAUAAAAUUUAAUACUGUAAUGAGCAACUGCCAAAGAACUGGGGUAGCAGACAGUUGGGGUUGUAGAAGAAGCCAUUUUGAACAUCUGUGGAGGAAGAGAGAGCAUAGUGACAUGCAACGCCUUUGCAGCUUGUAAGUCUUGUCAUGUGGCUCUGUUGCAUGCAUAUCUUUGCCUGUGUGGGUGGGUGGGUGUGCAUGUGCGAUUUUAGUCGUUAAUCCUGGCAUAGUAAUAUUUAUUCUAGAUUUAUUAUUUGUAAGAGAGAUAUAUGUACUCCUAGAACUGCUUUGUGAAUAUAUAUGGGCUAUAGAGAUUGGCCAAGGAAUCCUAUAUAUUAUUACAUCCAAUUGCUGUCGAUCAA